UGGCAUGUGAUGCGGUCGCUACCUUUAAGCUCGGCCUAACCUCAUGUCCUCAUCUGAACAAGUAGUUCUCUGAUAUCUGCCUUUCCGUCGGACAAGAUCCAACAAUUGGCGAGGCCGGUUGCCAUCAACCACAAGCCAACGUGCCUCACGACAAAGAGGGAUACCAAAACAUGAUCGCUGUUCCUGAGCCUCCAAGACUUACAAGAAGGGUGGUGGGAGUGACAGCCAUUGCGGAAAUCCCACGGGCCUGUGGCCGUCUUCCGAGACAAGCAUGGUCAAUACGAGAAGCUUUGCCUCCGUUAUCCGACCUCCAGCCUUUCCUCCCACUUCAGCCUGUCAGCCUUCCAAGUCACGAUCGACGAUAUCCCAAAGCUCGUUCCGAUGGCGGCGCAGGAAAUCGCAGUUCCCAGUCAUCUUGUUCAGCUGCAGCACCCAACGGAUCAACACACCUCGCCAGCUUUGAAACUCGAUGAACAGAGCUUCCAAGUUCUCGAUCUCCUCCUCGCUGAUAUUCUGGGCUUUUUGCUUUUCAACCAGUGCCGCAGCUUCAUUUGCGAUCCCUAGACGCUUCAGAGCAAUUUCUGAUACACCGAUCUCAAAGCCUAGAAUAUGAACCCAGCUCUUCUGCUCUUCGGCUGCUCCACAGAAUUCUUCCACAAACUUUUGGACGCGAGCUUUAUUCUUUUCUCCGUUGUAUUUGCCAUCCAUGUGGAUGACAUUCAACGCCCUCGUCUUCACCGCUUUGCAUUGGUCAUGGCACACACCUUGCAAUUCGCGAAGCACCCGGAUGUUCGUGCGGAUGAUGAACUGAAUUGUCUCAUUUGCGUCGGGACUGGCCAAAAGCUGGAAGAGUGCCCCAACUAGCUUUUCAGUUUGUUGUCCGGAUCUGCGCAGGUAGAGAUGAUAAUCUGAUGCACCAAUUAGCGCUAUGUGGACUGGUCCGGGAUAUUCUCACUAAGAUCAGGUCGGGCCAUUCACUUACCACAUCCAUUCAAGGGCUCCAAGAGUUCACGGCUUC